AUGAAAGACAGACACAAUCCGGACAAUAUUGAUGUUACUCACGAUGACAUGUAUGGGCGGGUAUGGCCUCCCGGACCCGUUGCCUUUCCCGACUUCAUGAAGAAUGCGACCCAAAACUGGUGGAUAAAUAACUUCAAACACUUGGCAUUGAAUGAGAUAACAGGAAAGAGAGGUUAUGUAUUAUCGCGAUCAACAUUUGUAUCGUCGGGACAAUACACGGGUCAUUGGUUGGGAGACAACCGAAGCAAAUGGUCUCAUAUGAAGGACUCAGUUAUAGGAAUGUUGGAAUUCAAUCUCUUUGGCAUUCCUUAUGUUGGGGCAGAUAUUUGUGGUUUCAAUGAUAAGACUACACCAGCUCUUUGUCGUCGUUGGCAACAAUUGGGAGCAUUUUAUCCGUUCAGUCGAAACCAUCACAACGGAUGGGGCGGUGAUGUUCAGGACCCGGCCAUUUGGGCAGACAUUGGACACCCGGAAGUGACUGAAGCGGCGAAACAAUCACUUCGUGUCAGAUAUCAAUUACUUCCCUAUUUAUAUACCCUUUUCUUCAAAGCCCACGUAUUGGGCAAUACUGUUGUCAGACCUGUGUUUCACGAAUACCCGACUGAUCCGCAAACCUAUGGUAUAGACGAACAGUUUAUGUGGGGAUCAGUUGUACUCUUUUCGCCAUUUCUGUUUGAAAAUCAAACAGAAGUGAAUGCAUACCUUCCCGACGAUGUCUGGUAUGAGCCGAGCGUUGAGUUUGUGAAACUGGUGCCAAAGACAGGUCACGUCAAACUGCAGGACACGUGGCCUUUCCCUCCCAUCCAUAUG